AUGGGUCAACUUAAUCUCCCCUCUCCUCCCCAGGAGGAUGCUACUCAUAAGCCCGCGAGAAAGUCCUUGUCCAAAUCAUCAAGAUCGUCCGGCCGCACCUCGAAGCGUGUAGGAUCCCACGGCGUCAUCAGCGCGGCGACAAGUCACCUAGAAGCCCACUCCCCCGCCGCCUCCGAUGGCAGGCAUAAGCGAGUAUGGAAGGCAUGUGAGAGGUGUAGAAUGAAGAAGACCAAGUGCGAUGGCGAGUUCCCCUGCAAGAGGUGCAAGGAUGACGGCCUUAUAUGUACUGCCGGCGUGCGCAAGAAGGUCGAAUAUAAGCAGCUUCCCCGAGGAUACGCCGAGGUCCUUGAGAGCACGCAGUUCGCGUUAAUAGCUACCAUUCACAAGCUCUACGGCAUGGUUCGCAACGGAGAGAGCUGGGAACUUGGUGAUCCCGAGCUCAACGAUCGAGGACUUCCCGUCGUCCACAACAUCGCAUCUAAGCUUGGCUGCAUCCGCCCCAAUAGCGAUAUCGACCUCCCCGUACACUCAGUAUUCCCCGAGGACGAGAGGGAUCUCAAAGAGCUUGUCAGGCAAUUAGAGGCCCAACAAAAGGAGCGGCAGGUGCAGACUUCUACGACGACACAAACGGGAAACAUCACGCCGACGAGUAGUCGAACAGACCUCAGCUCCGCAUCAGAACAUGAGCAUUCCGAUCUCGAAGACGACCAUCGACCCACGCCGAGCACGACCACCACGGGCCAAGUUUUCCUCUCGCCCCAGAGCCUUCCCCCAUAUAAUGAUUUCGAACCAGUUCCAGAUCAAUCUGCGGCAGCUGGUGUCCUAUUCCCCGAUGCACCGACAAUGGCGGACUUUGCAGCAGCGUGGGAUUCCCAAGCAGCCAUGUCGAUGAUGCCCGAUUUCCUUUCGCACCCGGCGGCGAUGUCCAAUGCCCAGAUGCUUACGCAAGGGUUGCUUGAAUCAGAAUUUGGAAGGCUUCGACCCCAUGUUGUUUCCUGUCCUAAUCCAGAAGUGAUGUUAGGUGUGGGGGAUCCGAUGAUGUAUUCGGGUUUCGAUGAGGAUGACGGCCAACAAAUGCGGUUGUAG